GCUAAGCCGUUAUCGAUUUGAAAUGGAUGUUCCAACUCUGAUGCAUAACCUGACGGAAGAAUUAAUUUGUUCUGUGUGCAUGCAGUUGUACAGAGAACCAAAACGGCUGCCAUGUUUACACGUUUUGUGCCUCGAAUGUCUGAACAAUGUAACGAGCUGUCCGCUAUGUCAGGAUGAAGUGGUUGUUCCCGAAAGCGGCACCAUGGAAACUCUGCCUAGCUGUUAUUACUUGAAGAAUCUGCUGGAUAUUUUGGCCGUCACGGAAAGCAGCAGUUCAAAAGUAUCUUGCGGGAAGUGCGAGUACAGAGAAGAAGAAGAAGCAUCUUUUUAUUGUUUUUGCUGUGGCGGAUUCUGGUGUAAUGAUUGCAUUCUUGGAGCUGACAGAUCUAGAGGUCACCGCGUUCUUGGGCUGGAAGAUUUUCGAGAAAAAGAUCUUGAAGUCAUUCUCAAGCGACCGGCACUUUGUCAGAACAUGGUUAAUAGGGGAAGAAGAGGUCAGAAGAAGGUUCAUUGUAACGAGGUGCUAAAGUUUUAUUGUAAAGAGUGCAAAAUCCCUGUGUGUCAGGAUUGCGCGAGAGUUAAGCAUUGCAAGCACGAAAUGGAAUAUUUGGAUGUGACAGCAGCAGCGAUGAAGCAAACCGUAACCGAUCGAUUAGAUGCUGCAGAAAAAGAAACACGAACUGUCUCCGACUCCUUGCGAGAAUUGGAGGAGGAAUCUCGAGAAAUUGAAGAGCGUUCCCAGUUUGUCAAAAGUCAAAUUCAAAUCGCAGUCAAAAUGCUUAUCCGAAAUCUUCAGCAGCAGGAAAAGGAAUUGAUUGCGGAAGUUGAAAAGGAGACAAAACUAGAACAAGAUCGCGUGACAAGGGAGCAAACGGAAGUGAGGGACCAUCUGAAUGAGAUUGAAGACGGUAUGUCGCGAGCGAGGCAUUUCAUUGAUUGCAGCACGGCAGCCGAUCUCGUGGAAGCAGGACCGUUUGUGAGCAAGCUGUUGCAAGAUCUACCGACAACAGAAUUUGUCGCGUCCGCAACUCCUCGCAUUGUCUUCUUGGAAAACAUGGCUUUAACUAAUAUUGUGCAAAACGAUCGAAUCGGUCGCCUUGACAAAAGCCCCACAAAAGCAAAUCAGUGUACCAUGGAAAGCCUUGACAAAGUCACCGCUGGAUUGGAAGCAAGGUUUCAACUAGUAACUCGGAAUUCCGAAGGGAAACAGUCUUAUUCUCCUGGUGAUCGUAUUGUUGUGGACUUGGCCUCAACAGAAGAUGGAACACUCUCAGCGGAGAUGAAAGUUGUGGAUGGGAACAAUGGCAGUUACGAAGUUUCUUGCAUUCCAAAACGAAAAGGGGAACAUAAAUUUUCGGCGUUUGUAAACGGUGAAGAAAUCAGCAAUCUUUCCCCGGUUCACGUCAAGAAAAGAUCCUACAAACUUUUGCGAACUGUCGGUGGCAAGGGUACUGGAGCGGGAGAGUUGAAUGCCCCAUGGGGGGUUGCUGUUACUGGUCGAAAUGAGAUUUUUGUGUGUGAUAACGGUAAUGAUAGACUCCAAGUGUUUGAUGAAGAAGGAAACUUCAUCAGAGCAAUUGAACAUGAGCUGUUAACUGGCCCAAGAGGGAUAUGCAUAGAUAGUGCUGGCUGGAUUUAUGUAACAGCUCAGAAUAAGAUUCUUCUGCUUAAUCCGGAGGGAGAAUAUGCCAAAGAGAUUAGUUAUGAGGUAAAUAAAGGUGUGUACUGGAGUGGAAUCACCUUGGAUGAACAGGGAAAUAUCAUUGUAUGUUACAAUGGAAUCCAUAUUCUUUCUCCAGAAGGAAAGCUCUUAAAGGAAAUUAGUGCAGAGACCUUUUUCGAUCCAUUUGACUGCAUGUACUGGGAGGGGAAAAUAUUCGUGUCAAACUGGGCGACCAAUACAGUUGACGUUUUGGGCUGCGAUGGAAAGUUACUUCAAGAAAUUGGAAAACAGGGCUCUGGAAAUGCAGAAUUCAGCCGACCUACGGGACUAGCAAUCAACAAAACGGGACAGCUUGUAGUGGCUGACGACAGCGGAGUUCAAGUAUUCACUGCAGAUGGAAUGUUUGUCACCAAGUUUGGAAUUUUCGUACUCUCCAAUCCUUAUGGUGUGUCUGUAAGCAAUAGUGGUCGUGUAAUUGUUUCUGACGGGGACGAAGACCAAUUACAAUUUUUUUAAAGUACUUUAAAAAGUAAACAGUAGAGUACGUUGCAUCGCUGACAUGAGCAGUGAGUCGUACACUUUUUUAAGCUGUACUUUUUGACUAGGACACUCCAUUAGAGAUCUAUCGGUGUAUCUGGAAAGACUGAAUUCACUGUUUGGUACCGAUAUCUAUUUAAAAAGUACAGUGGAACAGUUACAGAGUAUGAAAUACCAUUCAGCGUCUUAGAGAACAUAUUUUCGCUCAUCAACUACCUAAUUCGUGAUAAAAUCUAAAAACGUUCUCAGAUAAUCGAACACAAGCUUUCGAUUGUCUUAACGUACUACAGUCCUCAACGGGCGAAAUGGUAUGAAAGCGCUAAAAUUUCUAAAAUGAAGUGUGAUAAAAGACAAUAGAAUAAAAUACGUUAGAAUAUGGUUGCGAAUUUUUGUUAAAAAUGAAUGCUAUAUUGUCCUGGGAGUGGACAAUACACACCUAAUUCUUGGCUGAAAACAUUUUUUCUGUUCAUUUGUGUAAAGAAUACUGAUCGAAAAUAUCAAUUUGUGGAUUUUUUAGUGCUUGUGUGAGAAAAAAAAAGGUUUAGCAAAACUAAGUUCCAUCAAGAGAAGAUAAACUUGAGGUUAUUUUCAGGUGUUUCCAAAUAUUUGAGAGAUGUAUUUUUUGUAAUGUACGCAUCAUGGAUAGUAAUGUAGGCUUUCUAGUGUUAAUAGCGUAGGUAUCAUACUGUAACUGUAACUAUCGUGUUUUAGGGAAUGUUUAAGAAAAGAAGAAACAAAAGAGUUUCUGUGUUUCUUUCGAGUUUUAGCAAUAUAUUUAGUACAACUUCUGCAAACGUUGCCGGCAACCUGAUUGGCCGAGCCAUCAAACACCACCAGCCAUUAGUGUCCAGUCGCUUGAUGACAAUUUUUUUCUCGUUUCAACGAAGUUUUGAACGACCAUUUCGAAACUUAGCUUUGGAUAACAAAUAAAUUGUAAAUGUUGUAGCAGAAACUAAAGGUAAACACUCGAGACAG